UAUUAUUCAGAAGAAAUCACAAAUCCCAUCAAAAUAAAAACAAAAGGAGAUCCAACCAAACACUUCCUUCUCAUAAUCAUCCUGAGAUUUGUCUUUUUUUCUUCCCAUAUAAUCACUAGUCAGUCAUACUCAUCACCGACAUGUCCCACUUGAGAAAGAAAUAAAAAGAAAAAGAGAAGAAAAAAAAGUGAAAAAGAAAAAUAAAGAGAUAGUGUGAGAGCGAGCUUUACAGGGUGAAAGAGUUUUGCUUUCUUUUCUGGAAGGUUUUCCCUUUUCCAUUUCUUGUUCCAUUUCUUUCAAAAACAAUAUCCUAGGAAACUGGGUUGGUUAGAGCACUGAGGAAAAAAAAAAUGGGUGGGAAGCGAAAUCUUUGUUCUCUACUAUUACUGGCCUUGCUUAUGAGCUGCACCAAUGGUGAAAGCCCAUACAGAUUCUACGACUGGAAUGUUACAUAUGGCGAUAUUUAUCCCCUUGGAGUUAAGCAAAGGGGAAUAUUGAUAAAUGGGCAAUUUCCAGGCCCUCAGAUCGAGUCAGUGACCAAUGACAACUUGAUCAUCAGUGUUUUCAACAGCUUGGACGAACCUUUUCUCAUCUCCUGGAAUGGUGUACAGCAAAGAAGGAACUCAUGGCAAGAUGGUGUCUAUGGCACAAACUGCCCUAUUCCACCAGGACAGAAUUUCACUUAUGUUCUCCAAGUCAAAGAUCAGAUUGGAAGCUACUUCUAUUCCCCUUCCCUUGCCUUCCACAAGGCUGCCGGAGGGUUCGGCGGCAUCAAAAUUCUAAGCCGACCUGUAAUUCCGGUACCUUUCCCUCCUCCAGCUGGUGAUUUCACCAUACUAGCUGGUGACUGGUACAAGCAAAAUCACACUGAUUUAAAAGCGAUUUUGGAUGGCGGGCAUGAUCUUCCCUUCCCUGAUGGGCUUCUUAUCAAUGGCCGUGGAUCAAAUGGGAACACAUUCACAGUUGAUCAAGGCAAGACAUACAGAUUCCGGAUAUCCAACGUGGGGCUUACGACAUCGAUUAACUUUAGAAUCCAGGGGCACAAGAUGUUGCUGGUUGAGGUAGAAGGCACUCACACGCUCCAAAAUAUCUACGAUUCCCUUGACAUUCAUCUGGGGCAGUCCUACUCUGUGUUGGUCACAGCUGACCAACCGCCUCAAGAUUACUACAUCGUCGUCUCAACGCGAUUCACCUCGCAAGUGCUUACCGCGACAUCCAUUCUUCAUUACAGCAACUCAGCAGGAAGUGUUUCCGGUCCUCCGCCUGGUGGCCCAACAACUCAGAUUGAUUGGUCUCUCGAACAAGGCAGAUCCGUAAGGCGGAAUUUGACGGCAAGUGGACCGAGGCCUAAUCCCCAAGGCUCUUAUCAUUAUGGACUGAUCAACGUUACUCGGACGAUCAGGCUUGCAAACUCUGCUCCAAUAAUUGAUGGCAAGCAGAGAUAUGCUGUCAAUAGUGUGUCCUUCAUCCCAGCAGACACACCGCUUAAACUUGCUGACUACUUCAAGAUCUCAGGGGUAUUUUCCCUUGGCAGCAUCCCGGACAACCCCACUGGUGGCGGUGGAUACCUCCAGACUGCAGUCAUGACUGCUGAUUUUAGAGGGUAUGCCGAGCUUGUGUUUGAGAAUGCAGAAGACACUUUGCAGUCAUGGCAUAUUGAUGGCCAUAGCUUCUUUGUUGUGGGGAUGGAUGGAGGGCCGUGGUCACCUGAAAGCAGAUUAAGUUACAAUUUGAGGGACACAGUUUCUCGUUGCACCGUUCAGGUUUAUCCCAAGUCAUGGACUGCAAUUUUCAUGCCUUUGGACAACGUUGGGAUGUGGAACAUAAGGUCUGAGAACUGGGCUCGCCAGUAUUUGGGCCAACAAUUCUAUCUCCGAGUCUAUUCGCCUGCAAAUUCAUGGAGAGAUGAAUAUCCAAUCCCAAAGAAUGCUCUUCUUUGUGGCAGAGCUGUAGGCCGUCGGACCAGGCCGCUGUAAAACCAGCAAUAUUUUUGGAAGAUCGUAACUAUUGUCACGAGUGGGUGACAAAGUUUUGAGGAUUUUAGUGCUGGAGAAGAUAUGGAAAUGCUUGGGUGAUUCCAACUAGAACCAGUGAUUUUAGAGUUUGUUUCACACUUGUUUGUCAUCAGUGAUUCCAACUAGAACCAAUUGGAUUGAUUGUUACUGAAGUUAUAUUCCUUUUUAUUAUUUUCAUUGAACAUUCUUAGCUUAAUUACUCUCAUCACUUAAUAUGUUUUACCUU